CGGAAGUGGCUAUGAGAAGUUUAAUCUGUCGAAGAAAAACAUUGUGUGAGUUUGGCAAGAAAGACGCAGGUCAACGGAACAGCGAGAAAAAGAGGAAGCUGUAACCUCCAAUAACACUUGGAUAUGUGAGAUGGAGAAGUGCCAGGCUACCCAGGAGACUAUGGGAAUGAAAUUUAAAUGUGAAGAUGGGCUCUCAGAAGGAAGGAGCAAUGUCAAAGAAGAGGGGACUCUUACACUAGACCGGGAUACCAUUUUCACAUGUAGCAUCCAGAAAACGACUCUGCAUGUUAAGGAAGAGGAUUGUGAAUGGGAAUCUGCCUUUAAUGAACAAGAGGAUGUCCGCUUUAAGAAGCGAGACAGUGACAUUAAAAAAGACCCUGAUAAUUUCAACCCUGUGCUGAAACAUGAAAUUGCACAUUUUGUCAAGAAAGAAGACAAUAAAUCAGUGUCUCUCCCUGCCGAAGGAUGUCCAGAUUCAGAAAUUCAGAGAAUACCCAGUUCUCUACAGAAAGAUGUUAUCCAAGUAAAGUCUGAAUUUGACAAAGCAACAUCUCCAAGUAAAUCACUUGCAGAUUUUCAAGAGGAUGUGCCUUUCUUCUGUCAAGACCAUGCGCACCAGGCACCUUCUGCUGAAGAGAAACUAGACUAUUUUACUGAAGAUGGCAAGCCAAUGCUGACCAAAAGACCUUUUCAGAAAACCCUCACUGGAAAGAAAAAGCACUGCUGUAAAGAAUGUGGCAAGCAAUUUGUACACUUGAAUGGCCUCCAGGCACACAUCAGAGUUCAUACUGGGGAGAAGCCAUAUUGCUGUAAAGAAUGUGGCAAACAAUUCACACGGCUGUCAGGUCUUCAGGAACAUGAGAAAAUUCACACUGGGGAGAAGCCGUAUCACUGUACAGACUGUGGUAAACAAUUUGCAUACUCGAGUAGUUUGCGGACUCAUAAGAGAACUCAUACUGGAGAGAAGACAUAUUGCUGCACAGAGUGUGGCAAACAGUUUGUACACUUGAGUGGUCUUCAAGUACACAAGCGAACACACACAGGAGAAAAGCCACAUUCCUGCAAAGUAUGCGGCAAGCAGUUCAUACACUCGGGAGCACUUCGAGAACACGAGAGGAUUCACACUGGAGAGAAGCCGUAUCAUUGUACGGAAUGUGGCAAGCGAUUCACAUACAGGAGUAAUCUUCAAACGCACAAGAAAAUUCACACUGGAGAGAAGUCCUUUUGCUGUAUGGUAUGUGGCAAACAGUUUGCACACACAAGUGGUCUCCGGAUGCACAAGAGAAUUCAUACUGGCGAGGGUUCGUAUUGCUGUACAGAAUGCGGGAAGAAGUUCACAUGUUCAAGCAGUCUAAAGGUACACAAAAGAAUUCACACUGGGGAGAAGCCAUAUUGCUGUAAAGAAUGUGGCAAACAGUUUACACAGUCUAGUGCUCUUCAGGAACAUGAGAGAAUUCACACCGGAGAGAAGCCGUAUUGCUGCCCUGAAUGUGGAAGACAGUUCAAUUCCAGAGGCAGUUUUCACAACCACAGGAGAAUUCACACGAGGGAAAAGCUGUAUUCCUGUACAGAAUGUGGGAAGCAGUUCAUACACUUAUGUAGUCUGCAAUUGCACAAGAGAAUUCACACUGGAGAGAAGCCAUAUUGCUGUAAAGAAUGUGGUAAGCAAUUUCGACUUUCUGGUGCUCUCCAAGAACAUGAGAGGAUCCACACCGGAGAGAAGCAGUACAGCUGCACUGACUGUGGAAGGCGGUUCACUUACAUGGGUAGUCUUCGGAAACACAGGAGAAUUCACACCGGGGAAAAACUGCAUUCCUGUACAGAAUGUGGCAAGCAGUUCAUACACUUAAGUGGUCUUCAGGUGCAUAAGAGAGUUCACACAGGAGAGAAGCCAUAUGGCUGUAAAGAAUGUGGAAAGCAAUUUACCCGGUCCGGUGUCCUUCAGGAACAUGAGAGAAUCCACACCGGAGAGAAGCCGUAUAGCUGCGCUGAAUGUGGAAGGCAGUUCACUUACUCAAAUAGUCUUCGCAAACACAGCAGAAUUCACGCGGGGGAAAACUGUAUUCCCGUACUUAAUUUGGGAAGCCAUUUAUACACUUAAAUGGUGUUCAGUUGCACAAAGGAAUUCACCCAGGAGAGAAGCCAUAUUUCUGUAAAGAAUGUGACAAGCAGUUCCAUCGAAAAGAUUUGCUUACAGUACACAAGAGAAUUCACAAAGCAAAUGACUGAAAACUUGUUUGCAGACGAGACGCAGUAAAGUAUGCCUACUGUAAUCUUCCUGUGGAGACUUGGCCAAAUAAAUCUAGAGUUUUAAAACUGCAAAAA